AUGUCUUCAGACUCAGUCGUUUACCACUACCUCGCCAUUGGCAAGCUUGGCCGCGGAGAAGUUGUCAAGCUGUUCUUGAAGGAUGCUGGCAUUGACUUUGAGGAGAAGCGUUAUAAAUACCCUGAUACCUGGCCAGAGACCAGCCAGAAGCUGAAAGAACAAGGCAUUACCCGCACUGGAAGCCUUCCUUCGCUUGAGUACAAGGGCCUCAUUCUCACUCAGCAUAUCCCGACUCUUCGCUUCCUCUCUCGCGAUCUCGGCAAGUAUGACGGUCAGACGAAUGAGGACAAGUACUUGGUAGAUGCCGUCUCCGACAUCUACGUCGAUUGGAGAUCCCAAUGGGUUGCCAAUCUCAAAGGCGCAACCGACGAGUACAAGAACGAAUUCCUCCCCAAGUACUACGAUCUCAUUGCUAAGUACUACUCUGACCGCGAGGGCCCUUACCUUCUCGGUGAUGAAGUCAGCUACACCGACUUUGCAAUCUACCAGUCCAUUGACAACGAUACACGAACCAAAACCAUCCCUUCUAAAAUUCCUGAUGUGCUUCUCAAGUUCAAGGAGGUUUUUGAGGCUCGACCCAACAUUGCUGAGUACAUCAAGUCAGAGCUUUGCUCGGCCUGCGCCGCCAUCGAUUUUUACAAGCUCUUCUUUCCAGAUCCUGUUCCAUUCAAUCCCAGCCACAGACCGCCUCCGGAUCCUUGCCUGGGGACACUACAGGAAAUUCUGGAUCGCUCUGUAGAAUGCGAUGUCUGCAAUCUUAUCAUCGAAGCCCAUCGCCAACGAUACAUACGUGCGCCCUACGGCUGCUCGACGAAACAUCCUGACUUCAGAAGUGAAGUCCCCGGCGAGGAGCCUGAAAUCCACGAGGAAGUCAAGAUACAUGGGCUGCGACUUACAGUCAAUGAUGAGCCGAUCAAAUGUUAUCUUGAAUCGCGAAAUUUCUCCUCGGACAGAAUUCUGCCGGAUUCAGAGGAUCGCCUUGAUCCAGAGACUGGAGGCGUGAAUCGUGUUCUGCUCAGGUUAGAACCAUGUCCCUGGCUGGCUAUACUCGCCAACUCGAUCACUUUACAAGCCGUUUGGCCGUCAAAAGAGAGCCAAACUGUAAGCAACGAUAUUCUACUUGACGGUACUGGUCGGAUGAUAGGGUCUUUACUAGACCUCACCAUUCCUCAGCGCUGGAUCAAGCAAUGCGAAGACCAGCAUGGAGAAGACUGUCGGAAACCAAAGUGGCUAAGCGAUAGCGAUGCUGAAUGGCCUGACAGAUGUCGAGUGAUCGAUGUCAAGGAAUGUAGAAUCGUUGACCUUCUCCCAACCAUGCGCUACGUUGCUCUCAGCUAUGUCUGGGGAUCUAGCGAACAGGCGAAACAAUCGCGCUUUGAGAGACGGUUAACUCGUGAGAACCUAUCACGGCUUCAGCAGCCCAACAGUCUGAGCGAGAUCUACGUGCCUCAAACCAUCAAAGAUGCAAUGCAUUUCACGGAACAGGUCGGCGAGAGGUUCCUCUGGGUUGAUGCCCUGUGUAUUGUGCAAGAUGACCCUGCAGAUCUUGGUCAUCAGAUCGCACGGAUGGAUCUGAUCUACUCCAAGGCGCUCUUUACGAUACUAGCUGCCUGUGGUGAAGAUUCAACUUCUGGACUCGCAGGACUCCCUAGCAAUCCACGGGAUGUAUUUCAGCGGCAAGUCAAGGUCUCAUCAAGUGGGCUGCACAUCACGCCGCUCGUCACUCUAUCCGAAGAAGAUACCCUUCAAUUCUCGACAUGGAACACCAGAGGCUGGACGUUUCAAGAGCGACUUCUGUCUAGACGCUCACUCAUCUUCACCAACAAGCAAGUUUACUGGUGUUGCGAUGGUACGACAUGGGAGGAAGAAUCACUUCUUGACAUCCCCGGAUCAACAGCCUUUGCAAGAUCCUAUUCAUUUGGAUGUUACGAUGAAUGGGACGACAACGAAGCUAAAUUCUCUUUAGAGAGCUUCGAUACUUACAUCACACAAUUCUCUGAGCGAAAGUUCACUUACCCUUCUGAUGUCCUACCCGCCUUUCUUGGAAUCAUUCGUCGGUUUGAGCAUUUGAACAAUGAGAAGAUUCACUGGGGUCUGAACGCUAGCACAUUUGAUCAAGCGCUUACAUGGAAGUAUGGGCAGGAUAGACGAGAUGAGACUUAUACUUAUGUUUCUGGUGGAUCAUCGCGCAGCGUGCCAUAUCCCAGCUGGUCUUGGCUCGGUUGGACAGGGUUCAUCGGAGGUAGUUCGAGUCUUCGCAUCGGUGAGGAUUACAGUAAGAGGGGGGUCGGAGAGAUGAAGUCGCUGCUGGCGUUCUACUCGUUGAUGAGUGAUGGUAGUGUUUCUUUGAUCAAGGGCACUUCGCUGAGGAGAGUGAAUGAUUACGGAAAGAAUGACGAAGUCGUGUCUAAGUCUACUGAGAAGUCCGACCACGAUUGGAUCGGCGAUACCAAAGUAGCUGGCCCGAUAAAGACGGAUCAUCUCUCUCUGGCUUCGGAAUUGGAAUCACUAACAGUCGAUAAAUCUCACCAACCUGAGCCUUAUGACACAGGAAGGAUAGUGUUCUACACGAGCCACGCCAACAUUUCCAUCCAAAUCACUAAUAGAGACGGCAUACAUAUGGUGACAUCCGACGGGCAAGUCAAACUUGAGUUGAAACUUUCAUCGCCAUUCAUGAAGAAAUCUUACUAUCGUUUUGAAGAAGCCUUGAAGGAAGAUAGCGAUCCGGCCGAGAGCAAGGUAAUGAACUUCUUGAGACGAAAGCCUGUUGCGACAAGUCAUACGAUCAGUCUCAUUGUCAUUUCGAGGUACUAUGGGUUUUAUGAAGGUGAUGAUGAGGUGGUCAAGCUGAACGUCAUGGCUGUUGAGGAAAAGAUACCUGGGUCGGGAGUUUGGAGUCGGAUUGGCCUUGGUGUAAUGAAGGAGGAGGACUGGGUGAAGUUGGAUAUUGAUUGGAGAAUGGUGAUUCUUGAACAGACAGGAGGCGAGUUUGAAGUCGAUGUCCUGGAGUCCGAAAGUGACGCUGAAGAGGAUGAUUUGGAGGAAGACCAGGAACUCGUGGCGACGGAGUUCGUCCCCGGUCACUGCCUCUUCUGCACCAAAGACUCUUCAACUUUAGACGAGAGCAUGAAACAUAUUUCCAUAGCGCAUGGCUUCAAUAUUCCCUUCCAAGAUUUCUUAGCAGUCGAUCUCGAAACGCUAGUUUCCUAUCUUCACUUCGUCAUCAACACGUACAGAGAAUGCAUCUGCUGCGGUACCCGUCGGAGUACAGUUGAGGGCAUCCAGCAUCACAUGCUAGCCAAAGGCCACUCCCGAUUUGACAUCUCACCAGAGACAGAAGAAUUCUACGAGAUACCACGAUGCGGAGAUGCUUUGGGGGGUAGAAAGCGGGAUACAAGUGAUCCGGUGAGACUACCUUCUGGAAGAAUCAUCUCUCAUCGUAAACAUGAAGAACCUCGCGUUGGUCGUCGGGAGGCAGCAGAUCAGAAACGUUUAGACCCUUCAGCGCCUAUAGAACUGGGUAUGGAGAUCGCGCAUCGACGAGCGGUCAAUGGCAGUCGAGAGGUAGUGCAGGCAAAUGAGGCUAUUCUCGCUGCGCAGCUCUCGAGGCUCAAAGUCACCAGCGACAGAGCAGCGCAAAGGGAGGAGAAGCGAUGGAGAGGGCGACUUGAGCGAGCGAACAAUUUCUUUGCGCUGAAGAGAUUUAGGUUGGAUGCUGCGGAUAGUCGAAUGGGCCGCCAAUUCUGA